CAUCAUUCCGACUUGUGCGAUUGUCGAGAGUGUUUCAGUUUUAAUUUUUCCCGAGAGAUUUUCGUCGCAACUGGCGUCUUUUAGCUGCUGAUGGAGUUCUUGCGGUUCUUACGUAAUUGUGAUCGCGAAAGGCUUUUCCUGAGGACAGAUACUUUUGUGCAAGAUCGAGCAAAUAUUUCAUGAUCAUUGAGCCCUAGAGUGAACUUCAGGAGAUCCCUUAUACUUAGAUGCUGAGCCACAGUAUUUGAUGGGAAUCUAAAUGCAAUUCCAACAAGGUCGUAAAAGCUGAGGUAAAAAAAAACGAAGAAAAAUUAACCAAGUGAUCUACAAACGUCGCAUUUGCAUUUCAACACCUUUUGCACCUGACCGAUCAUAAAUCAUUCGGCGAUAGGUGAUUCGAAAGUGUUUUUCGUGUCGCUUGAAUUGUGUGCAACAGAGGGACGCGAUCAGAGAGCUGCGGGAACAAAAUGACGAGUGCCGGAAAUGUGGUUGAAAAUCCCCUUUUGGAUCAUUCCGUUGGGAAUGAUGUGGGAAAGUGGCGAAUUCUCAAGAAUAUUGCCAUCAUUUCCAUUGCAUUUCUGCUGCAAUUUACAGCAUUUCAGGGAACCGGAAGCCUUCAGUCCUCAGUUAAUGCUGAAGAUUGAUUGGGCACAAUGGCCCUUAGUUCAGUAUUUGGGGCAAUUAUCGUUUCCUGUGCAUUUAUUCCAACCCUUGCAAUAAGAAAACUAACCGCUAAAUGGACACUCUGCCUCAGCAUGUUCUGCUACGUUCCCUUCAUCCUGGCUCAAUUCUACCCGAGAUUUUACACCCUAAUCCCUGCUGGAUGUCUUCUGGGCCUCGGAGCAGCUCCUCUGUGGGCUGCUCAAUCCACCUAUCUCACUCAAGUAGCCUACAUUUAUGCCAACAUCACCCAACAGUCUAUCGAAGCCAUCAUCGUACGCUUCUUCGGGAUCUUCUACCUCUGCUGGCAAUCAGCUGAACUCUGGGGCAAUCUCAUUUCUGGCCUGGUCCUUUCACCACCAGAAAUCCUGCCCAACUCAACCCUCGACUACUCCCUCUGUGGAGCCAAUUUCUGUGCCUCAACAUCCAAAGAUAUUGCCAAUCUUCAGAGACCUCCAGAUAAGGAAAUCUUCACCAUAAUGGGAAUCUACUUAUCUUGCAUCUUCCUGGCUAUUGCCAUCACCAGUUUAUUCCUUGACCCCCUGACCAUGUAUGGGGAGCAAAAGGGCGAGGAAACAAACGUUGGACAGCUAGUUAUGGCCACUUUCAGACAACUCAAAAAGUUCAAUCAACUGCUUCUGGUUCCUCUAACAAUGUUCAUAGGGAUGGAACAGGCUAACUUUGCUGCAGACCUAACUCAAGCAUUCAUCUCCUGUACUCUCGGAAUCAACGAAAUUGGUUUUACUUUGGUAUUCUUCGGAGUUUGUAAUGCAAUCUCAUCCCUGACUUUUGGUUUCCUCACCAAGAAAUUUGGAAGAAUUUGGAUACUACUCCUAGGACUAUGCUCUAUUACUAUUCUCUACCUUACCAUGCUCUUCUGGGCACCAAUUCCUGAUAAGAAAUGGAUGUUCUACCUAAUUUGCUUUUUCUAUGCCGUUGGGGAUUCUAUUCUUCAAAUCCAAGUCAAUGGAAUUUAUGGAGCCAUUUUUUCUGAUAGCAAGGAACCAGCUUUUUCGAACUAUCGCCUCUGGGAAUCUAUGGGAUACUUUGUGACCUAUUCCCUAAACACAACACUCUGCGCCAGAACUAAGCUUAUUGGAGCCCUAAGUCUUCUUGCAGUGGGUGUUUGUGGCUGGCUAAUUGUGGAAUUUCGGGUGAAAAAUGGCGAAAUUAGCCAUGAGACCCAGCGAGAAGAAGCAACUCCAUAAAUUCAUUUGAUUUAUCAUCGCAACAUUUGUAGUUCCUCAGCAUAACCACACGCUCUUCUCCCCGUGCAAUAAUUUCCACUGUUUGUAUUGUGAUUAGGCAAUUUGUUUAUGAAAUAUCACUCCUAAACAACAGAAGCUGCCUCCCAAAAAAAAAACGACAACAAGCAAACCCCGGCAAUUAGUCAAGAUCAUGCUGGCUGUAAAUUGUGCAAGAGUGCCAGCCGGGUUCCCACCACUUGACAAUGGAUCGUGGUCACCGGGAGAUGAGUGUGAGGAAUGCAAGAGGAUCACUUGCUGAGGCUUUUGAUGGAAAAAGUGAUCGGAAAUUGUACAAUUUCACAGUCAAGAUCGCACCUCGAUCGCUGUCGCCUUUCCAGUAUCAAAUUCGUCACAGCCCGACUGACCAUGAGCACAGUCUACAAAUUGUUGCCUUGACUAGCAGUUUGUCAGUGAUUCGUUAGACAAAACUGCACAUUUAGCUGUUUUUUGGGGAACUGUUUUAAAAAUCAAUUAAAGUUCUUAUUCUGAAAGAAUGGUCACUAUCAAGAUUUUGUUAUCAGAAGAUAAUAAGUUUUAAAAUCAAAAUAUAUAUUAAUACCAUUUGUUGGUGUAAUAAUGAGGUUUCUUGUUGAAUGCCUUUAUUUUUAGUGCAAAUAAAAUAUUCCAGGACUUGAUUUUGGUUUUAGUAUCGCAAAUGUUAGAUUUUAGGGUUAUUAUGUUGACAAUUAAAGACGUUAUAUUUCAAA